AGCAUCUAAAAGAUAACAGUUCAUUAAAAUUUCUGAUUUUUUUAUUGAGAAAUGAUGACGUGACGGCAAGAACAACACUAACAAUAGCAAAAUGAUGACAAUCAUUGACAAGAAAAAUGAUGGAAAGCCUGUUGAAGGCAAAUUCUGGACAAGAUCGGAGCGUAAACAAUGGGCAUUUGGAUUAUUUUUGGGAUGCACUGUACUGUAUUCUUGUCGAACAGUUACUCCAUUAUGUGUGGCAGUUAUGGCAAAGGAAUUUGACUGGGACAAAACACAGUCGGGUUCAAUUCUUGGUUGUUUUUUCUGGGGUUACACAAUGACCCAGUUUUUAGGAGGUUAUCUGAGUGACAAAGUGGGAGGAGAUGUUGUUGUUCCUAUAGCAGCAUGUUUCUGGUCAAUUCUGACUUUUUGGACACCACAGUUUGCCUACUUAUCUACAGAUAAAUAUGUCACACUUCAUAUUUUGGUGUUAUCAAGGGUUUUAUUGGGAAUGUUUCAAGGUUUCCAUUAUCCUAGUGUAAGUUCCAUCAUAUCAAGAAAAGUUUCGGAGCACGAGCGUUCUUUAACCUACAGCUUUAUCUGUUCAGGAUCACAUCUAGGGACCCUGAUUAGUGGUAGUAUAGGAUCCAUAUUAUUAGAGAGAUAUGGAUGGCAGAGUGUAUUUUACUUUGUUGGUGUUUGUAGCAUUUUAUGGAUGUUAGGGAUGAGAUAUAUAUUAAUAGCAAAGCACAGAAAAAAGUACUUGCCUUUCAUCAUGGCAGAGAAUCUAGCAGAUAAACCCAUCAAAAAAGAUAAGGAGAAGGUGCCAUGGUUGACGUUAUUUGUUAAACCUGCAUUUUGGGGUUUAUUAGUAGGACAUUUUAGCCAUGCUAAUUCCUUCUUCAUACUGUUAUCAUGGGCACCAACCUAUUUUCAUGAGAAUUACCCUAAUGCAAAGGGAUGGGUAUUUAAUGUAGUACCAUGGAUUGUGUCCAUGUUUAGUUCUGUGUUUAGUGGCUGGUUGGCUGAUCAUUUACUAGAAAAAGGUUAUACAGUUACAUUUGUAAGAAAAUUUAUUGAGACUAUUUCCUUAGGUGGCACAGCUGUAGGAUUGAUAUCAUUAUCAUACAUGACAACAUUUGGCGGUGCAUUAUUUUGUAUGGCCAUCGCAGUGGCUUGCUGUGGCUUUCAUAAUAGUGGUAUACUUGUAAACCCACAAGAUAUAGCACCCAAACAUGCUGGAUCAGUGUUUGGUAUUAUGAACAUGGCAGGUGCAAUACCAGGUUUUGUUGGAGUAUAUAUGGCAGGUCACAUUUUAGAGGCUACCAAGAGUUGGGCAGCUGUAUUCAACCAGACAGCUGGUGUUUGUAUUUUUGGCUGUAUUGUUUACUUGCUGUUUGGUACAGGAAAACGGAUAAUAUAAAUAUAUUUAUAUCUGUUAUAGUGAUAAUUAUGUGUUCAGGUACUAAUAUGUCAUUCCCAUUAAGGGAUCAAAUCUUACUUAUCACUGUGUUGUCCGUCCAUUGGUCAAUAUUAUGAUUGUUAUUGUUAAUGAUAUUAUUAAUGUAUGUUUGUGAAUGAAUUUUAUUGUAUAUUGUUGUGAGAUUGUUAGUGCAAUGGUGAGGAUGUGAUCUUUGAAAACGUAUGACUGUAAAUGGAUAUUUGGUCAUGACGAAGUAAUCAGGCAAAAAUCAUAUUUAGAUAGAUAGGACGAUUGAUAAACAUUAAUUGCUUACAUAAAAUUGCCUACAUCCACUUCAUUUGAACUUUGGUGCAUAGUUGUCUCAUUGGCAAUCAUACCACAUCUCCUUAUUUUUAUAUUAAAUAUUUUCCUUUUCUUUAAAUUAGAUUAUCUUAUAUUUAAUGAUCAUGUAUACUUUAUACAAGGAUUCACUCAGAGGCAUGUUUGUGAUAAAUAGAAUUAUUAUUAUUUAUUGUCAUUGGAAACUGUGAGAUGCGUUUAAAAUGUAUUUGUUAACUUUUUAAUUUCCUAAAAGGAUGUUUUAUUUUCGUUCUUGUCUGUUUCUUGACAAAUCUUGCUGUAACAAUUUGAUACAGUAUACAUCAUUUAGUCAUCACAUUACAUAACUCACAUGGCGACUAUAAUGAUAGUGAUAAAAUACAUGUUUAUGAUAUAAGUGAAAUUUAGUGUGCUCUACAUUAAUGUUCAGUGUGUAUGUUGUUUCUUUAAUAGAUCAUAUAUAUUUUACUUGAUAAAGUGUUUUAAUCAUCAUUCACAUUGUUUGGGGGUAACCAGUAAUAAUUAUCAUAGAUAAGAAUAUUUUUUUUAUCUGACGAAAUGAUAUACUCAGUUAUAUGUAGUUUACAUAUAGGUACUAAUACAUCUGUCAUCGCAGGAAAUCAUUAAAUAACUAUUCAUUAUUCCAGAAUGUCAUCAAUUUUAUCAUGGUAAACAAGUAAAACAUGAAAAAGUAAUUACUAGGUCCCUAAUUUUAGGGUUAUUUUCAUCCCUAUUUGUUACUAUAUUAUGAAUUAUAUGUUCUUUAUCAUAUUAUAAUUUUAUGCCUCACCUCCAAUAGUUCUAUGUUUUCCUGUCUUUUUUGGUCUGUCCAUUUCUGCGUCCUGUCAGUUAAAAGUUUUGAUCAAGGUAUUUUACCAUGAAAUUGUGAUUACAUCAAUAUUUAAUUUAGAACACAUUUUCAAUUUGAUGUGAACUUUUUAAAAUUAUAUGCCAAAAUAUAUAGAGUUUAUACUCCGAUUUCACAUUCUUUUUUGUACUAAAUAAUUCAUUAUUUUUAUUUUAACAGGAAUAUUUUAGAUAUGCAUUGCCAUUGCUCUUUUAGGGUUGUAGUUGCUUUUAUAAUAUAAUAAAAACUUGAGUUAGGGAAAAUAAUAGUUAUUAGAUGUUAGAACAGUGUAUGUUUUAUUAUUUUAUGUAUUGCAUCAUCAUUCAGAUAGUUAUGUCUGUGUAUAUUUAUUCUCAGAAUUUGUGAACAUAUAGAAUAUCUGUUGCCAAAUACUUCUACAUAAAGUCGCAAAAGUCAAAUUAUUAGAUAUAUUUAGUGCCUGCUUAUUAGAUUAAUUUUCCAUACCAAUUAAAGCAGUGUUUUAUUAGAUUACAUGGCAUAUUAGUUGGUUCAAAUUGCAGAAUAUUUUGUCUUGCUAUCUAAUCCAAAGAAAGUUUUAAAACCACAGUAAACACGACUUUCAGUAUAAAAAAAUAUCUGUAAUUCUUGUCAGAUCAUGUAAAAACAUAAUGAUCUGCUACUUUCCUUACUGAACACUAUUUAAUGACCUUGUAUGAUUGGUUUUGAUUGCCUUAAACAGUUAUGUUAUCUCUAACAUUUAACCAAAUAACUCCUUAAUUUCAUAUUUUAUGUGUUUUUUUUGUUAUUUCGAAUGUGCAAUUUUGAAAACAUAGUGACUUCUAAUUACAUUAUAGUUAUUCUCAUUCAGAUUUAAAGAAUUUUAUAUUAAAAUUCAAUUUAUUGUGAACUGCCUUAAGAUGUAGUAAAUGAUCAAUACAUGUGUCUAAAUUGUCAAAAUAAAAAAGUAAUAAUGUUGUCAAUGGAA